UAAAGGGUUAUCAAAGUUAUACGCCUGUCUAGACGAGCGUUUAAAAUAUUAAACUUCUCCACAGGUGAAUUAACCAAUCAGAGAAUAAAACACCUUACACUCAUCCAAUCACAGCCUACUUCCUGCAAUACGGACGUUGUCCAAAGAUGGCUGCUGCAGUAACAGUGAAGGAGAAAAGUCCAUUAGUGUUUGAGAGAACAAAAUAACUUUGGAAGGAUAUCAAUAGCUGCUUAAAAGACCCAUAAGUCGGUGUCAAAAACCAGAGCCCAUCUCAUGGUGGUAACCUGCUGAUCCCUGCAGGUGUUGCUGUUCUUUCCUGUCACUCUGACAGAGGAAGGUUUCCAGGUGGGAACUCCCAGCAGCACCACUCUGCCUCUGCGUAUGAGUGACCUGAAGACGUCGGGAAGAAACGGCCCCGCUGUGGGCUCCCCACAUCUGAUUGCGCUGUGGUGGCACUGAAGGCCUCUUGCCAGGUGUCGAUGACAGCUUGAGAAGCAGAGCAUGUGGAGUGGUCGGGGUUGGCAUGGCGACGCAGGACAAGAAGCAGGAGGCAGAUGGUGUGACUCGUGGCCUUUCUACCAGCCAGGCUCUGGUGAAGCUCCGGGACCAGCUGAGCAGCCUGCUGGAGCAGCACCAGAGAGCCACACGGAGACGGGUUUCUUGGCUGGAACAAUGGCAAAAUAGCUUCAUUUACCAUGGCAACCGGCAAUCCUGUCUCCACUGGCCAGGCGGGGCUCUGACUCUUCUGGUGGUGGUGGGACUCCUCUGCUGCCAUGGCAGCCAGCCGAAGGGCAGCUCUGGGAUAGAGAUCGUGAAUUCUACAGCCCUGCUCCUUCUCUUCCUGUUAAACCUGCUUCUGGUUGGACGCCAGGAGAAGCUCAACAAAACCGAGAUGGUCCGGCGACUCAAACGCAUCAUCGCACAGCUCAAUGAUUAUCUGUCAGGGUGUGUGUCUGAAAUUCAGUGGCCUUCUUCUCUUUACCCUGACCUCUACACGCCCUCGUCUCCUUCAUGGUCACUUCACUGGACCUACCGGGACUCUCAGCUGGUUAACCUCCCUGUCAGUCUGCUAGUGGAAGGAGACAUAAUUGCUCUUCGACCUGGCCAGCAGGCGUUUGCUUCUCUCCGGGGCGUCAAGGAUGAUGAGCACAUAGUGUUGGAACCAGGAGAUUUAUUCCCACCAUUAUCACCCCCUCCUUCGCCUCGGACUGAGAAGAGGGGGCCCCAGAGCCCCCAGCAACACCGCCUCUUCAGAGUGGUUCGGACCCCGGUGCUGGAGCCGGUCAGGAACGCUUUGGAGCUGGCCCUGUCCCGGCCAAUCUCAGUGCUGGAUAAUGAGAGGUUUACUGUUCAGUCCAUCAUCACGAAGCUCGUCUGUCCUGUUGUGCUGGUGGCGUUCCUGGUGGUGAACACAAUUCGCUUUUUCUGCCAGGCCCCCAGCAUCACUCCUCCCUGCUACAACUUCCUUCAGCUCCAGCUCAUGGCUGUGCUGCCCAUCCUGCCCCUGCUCUUCCCUGUCAUGUGGGUCCUGGUAAAUGCCUUUGGAGAGGCCAGAGUCCUGUCUGAGUUCAGUCGCGCAUCUCCAGCUGGCUUGCUUGCUAAGUUCUCUGAGGACACUCUAAGCAGCUACACUGAAGCAGUUUCCUCGCAGGAUUUGCUGCGCUGUGUCUGGAGACACAUGGUUGGCGUUUUGAAGGGAGAAUCUGAGACUCUGUGCUACACUUCCAGCCUGCUGCACACUCUGGGCUCUGUCACUGUGCUGUGCUGCGUGGACAAGCAGGGCAUCCUGUCAUGGCCAAACCCGAGUCCAGAGACGGUUCUGUUCUUCAGUGGGAGAGUGGAACCACCUCACAGCAGCCAGGACGACCUCCGAGACGACCUGUCGGUGAACUCCUACUGUCGGAUGGAGACUGAAGAUGACCGGGAUGAGUCUCAGGAAGCAGAGACUCUGCUCUGUCCCCCGGAGGAACCCGCCGCCCAGCUGGGGGAUGCAGCCGAGCCCAGUGAGACGUUGCACGACACGGCUCGACUGUCUGAGACGGUCAGACUCCGACGGCCUGCUCAGCCCAACACACAUUCACGGACUAAACAUCACUCUGGAUCCAACGUCAGCUUCAGCCAUGACACCGAGGGAGGCGAGGAGGAGCAGGAUUUUGCUCUGGGCUGCCCAGAAGCCGAGGCAGAGGACUUUGUGUGCGACUACCACCUGGAGAUGCUGAGCUUGUCCCAAGACCAGCAGAACCCGACCAGCAUCCAGUUCGAUGAUCUCUCCUGGCAGUGCCACCUGCCCUCUCUGAAGCCGCUGGGCCUCAACAUCAUGCUGAACCUGUGCAAUGCAGGGGUCACCCAGCAGCUGUGCCGCUUCUCAGACCAUCUGUCCAACCUGGCCCUGCAGGAGAGCCACGGCUCCGUGCUGCCCGUCUACGUUCCCUGGGGCCUCUGUGAGCUCUCCAGGCUGAUAGGUAAAACAUGCAGCGCUGCAUGUCUACAUGUCCUUCCUGUUCUCCAGUAAUGCCUUUAGGUUUUAGGUUUCACCUGCAGCCU